AUGAGGAUGGGACUAAUGCAAUAUCAAUACAAUAUACAGCAUUUGCCAGAAAAAGAUUACUUCUCACAUUAUAUCGAAUUGGGAGUACUGCAAAACAUAACAUCAAGAGAAGUGAUCGGGCACCUAAAAGAAAUAUUCUCUAGACACAAAAUACCCAACGUUGUGUCAGUGAAAUCUGAUAAUGACAAUACUUCAGAAAAGUUCAAGCAAUUUGCUAGAGACUAUGGAUUUAGUCAUGUGACAUCAAGCCCUAAAUUACCUCAGUCUAAUGGGGAGGAAGAGUGCACAGUCCAGAUAGUCAAGAACAUUCUAAUGAAAUAUUACAAACAACGAGAACAACAGAAAGAGAAUUACAACAGGAGACAAGCAGCAAGACUAUUACCAAAAUUACAGAAAGGAGAGACGGUGUGGGUAAGAGACAAACGAAUGUGGGAAAUGUAUCGUCUAAAGUAUCACCAAGAUCUUAACGUGGUGGCUACCCAAGAAGGAAACUUCCAAAGAAACCGACGCCACUUGAAUCUGGAAAAGGAAAGCACAGAAACCCCGAACAACGGAGAUACGGAUAAGCCAAUGAAGACAACACCAAUCAGGAAGAGGAAAGUAGAAUGGACUAAGAAGACAGAAGGAACCAAGACGACAGAAUUUCACGUGCACGUAUAG